AUGUCGAUCAUCUCCCUUGAGCGGACUGACCAGGGUGAGCCCCGGUUCCCUGGUUGUUCGAACAUUCGCGACUUUGAGUUCAUUGGCAAGCUUGGUGAGGGAACAUUUGGUGAGGUCUAUAAAGCUCGAUCAAAGAAAGACAAUACCAUUGUCGCCCUGAAGAAAAUUCUCAUGCAUCAUGAGAAAGAAGGGUUCCCAAUCACCGCCAUCCGUGAGAUCAAGCUUCUCAAGGCCCUCUCGCAUCCUAAUAUCCUUCAACUCAAGGAAAUGUCAGUUGAACGAAGCAAAGGCGAGGGACGAAAGAAGCCCAGCAUGUACAUGGUGACUCCGUACAUGGAGCACGAUCUUUCAGGACUGUUGGAGAACCCUGCUGUUCAUUUCACCGAGCCGCAGAUAAAGUGUUAUCUUUACCAAUUACUGGAAGGCCUCCGGUAUCUGCAUGCGAACCAAAUUCUUCAUCGUGACAUGAAAGCCGCCAAUCUCCUGAUUAGCAAUGGAGGCAUCCUUCAGAUCGCCGACUUUGGCCUGGCUCGACCUUUCGAUGAGCCUCCGCCACAAGCUGGAAAGGGCGGUGGCGAGGCUCGACGGGAGUACACUGCCCUGGUUGUCACACGAUGGUAUCGUCCGCCUGAGCUGCUGUUGCAGCUUCGCAAAUAUACAUCGGCCAUUGAUCUGUGGGGAGUUGGGUGUGUCUUUGGUGAAAUGUUCAAAGGCAAGCCCAUUCUCUGUGGCAGCAGCGACUUGAAUCAGGCCCAGCAGAUCUUCUCCUUGGUCGGUACGCCCACUGAAGAGAACAUGCCUGGAUGGAGCUCCCUGCCAGGAUGCGAGGGCGUCAAGAGCUUCGGUCACAAACCGGGCAAUCUCGCUCAGGUGUUCAAAGAUCAAAGUCCCUUGGCCAUCUCGCUCCUCAAAGAACUUCUCAGACUGGACUGGCGCAAACGAAUCAACGCCAUCGACGCCCUCAAACACCCUUACUUCACAUCUCCUCCUCUUCCCGCCAAACCAGGCGAAAUCCCUCACUACCAAGACUCCCACGAGCUCGAUCGCAAAAAGUUCCGCGACCAGAGAGCGCCUCUACCCCCAGCCCCAGCAAUGGGUUCAACAGACCCCACGACGAACGGAGGAUGGACCGGUCCAGGCUCCAGACCCGAUUCCCGCAACAGCAACACGAACAGCAACCACAGUCAUGCUCACGGGCCUCCUCGCAUUCCCAGCGCUGCGCGCGGUGGUCGAUCCAACGGACCUCCCGGCAUGCACAAUAAUCGUCGCGGACCAUUCCCUCCCCAGCGCGACGUCGGACUUCCACCUCGUCCGCCGCUGCCUGCAGGCGGUGUUCCCCCUCCUCCGUGGGAAGAACCGCAAAGUGGUCGUUCUGACGGGCGAGACGAUCAAAGACGUGAUCGGUUCCCUCCGAGUCACCAGGGCCCAAGUCACGGCCGGCCAGGCGGUGGAAGAAUCCCGCAAGGUGCAGGCGGCGGCAGUCACAACCUUGACUCUUACGUCCCUAGUUACGGGGGCAACCCGCACGACCGAGAUCGAGAUCGUAGUCGCGACGCGGGUGACUACAGCUCAGAUUGGAGAUCCGGAGGACGACGUGAUUAUCGUCGAGACCAGCCCCGUAGAAGGAGUCGGAGCCCCGGGUACAGAGAUCCAGCGCGCGGUUGA